AUGAAUUAGAGCAACAAAAGUCUCAACAGUACAAUGACUCGGAUUAAAUAAUUAUCAACAGGUCCACCUAUUGAAGUAGUGCCUAGCGAGAUCAUAUUUAAAGAUAUAUAGAUUAAUUAGACUUAUGAAAUUACUGUUUUUGUGAGAAACUUAACAUAGACUGCUCGACGAAUUCGUGUUUUUCAACCUCAUUCUAACUUCCGAUGUGAUUAUGAAAUGCAAGGGUAUGUGUAUAUUAUAUUAGAUUUUAGUGCUAUAGCAGCAGGUCUUUCAAUGAAACUUAUAGUAACAUUUGAAACAGCCAGUUUAGAGUAGUAUUAAGACACUUUGAAAAUUGUGUCAGAUGGUAACUAUACAAUUGAUGUACCUCUUUUUGCAUUUCCUCCUUAAGCUGCGUAUUUUUUAACAUUAAAUUAAUUUUAGUAUUGUAUUUGAACCAUUUAUAAAUUUGGGGUUUGUUCGUGUAGGUAAAGAGAAAAUAGAUAACAUUUAUUUUAAGAAUGAAGGUAAAUCAACAGGGAAGGUGGAAUUAAAAAUUGAUCGUUUACCUGAUUUCAAAAUAGAGCCAACUUCAUUUAGUUUAGGAGCAGGAUAAGAAUUUGCUGUUAAGGUAUUUUAUAAGCCUAAAGAUGCUGGAAUAUUUCGUGGUUUAGUAGAAGUAAUAGCAGAUGGUUAAAGUUUAUAGAAAACAAUAGAUAUAAAUGCAACAUCAAUUGAAUUCACUCGUUUUCUCAUAGAUGACACUGGAGUUUAAAAUAAUUUUUUUGAUUUUGGUUAGAUAUAUUAUGGAUAAUUUAAAUAGAUUGAAACCUAUUUAGUAAAUAAUACACCAAAGUAAUAAAAAUUUAAAGUGAAAUUAAAGAAAGGAUUACAUCAAUAAGAAGAUGCAUUGAAACUAUAGACACCUGCUGAAUUAGGUUUAGAAUAGACAGAAAGAAUAAUGGAAUGUUUUCCAGAAGAAGGGGUUUUGGAAAGUUACUCAUAAAUAGCAAUUGUAUUUAAGUGUAAACCUAAAGUUUCAGAAGAAUAAUAAGUUUGGACAAGAUCUUUUGCUUUAUCUCCAGAAUAACUAAAACCAGAUUAUGAUGAAUUUCAUUAUUCUGCUAUAUUUGAUUUUUAAGAUAAUGAACCAUUAAUGAAUCAUUUAUAAGUUAGAUGUAUUUGUCCAACAAUCAAAUUUCCACCAACUGCAAUUUUGUAAUUUGGAUUAUGUCCUGCAAAUUAAAGUAAAGAGAUUGUUUUUGAAGUUACUAACAAAUAGACUGAAUUACCAAUAUAAAUACAUUGGCCAGUAGUUCCUUAUUUUUCUGUUAAUCCAACUAUGUCAACUUUAUAGCCUGAAGAGAAAUAAAACUUUUGGGUAAGUUUUAAACCUAAACACACUGGAAAUUUCACUACUGUUAUAAGUGCUGAAUUACUCGGAGGAAUAUUUAAAAUUCCAGUUAGAUUAGCUGGAGUAAGCUAAUAAUUUACCAAUAAAUAAUAAGUUAAAAGAGGACCUGAAUCAUUACCUGAAGAUUUUGAAAUGAAACAUACAAUUACGAAAGAAUAAAGCAUUAGUAAUAUUAAAUCUAUUGAAAAGGUCUAAACUUUAGAUAUUUCUUAAUCAGUUUAAUCUCUUGUUUAGUAAGGAAUUUCUUUAGAUAAAAUUGAAGAAUUAAAGCAAAAAUCAUUGAAUAAAGAAAUAUAUAAUGAAUAUUUAAAAAUGCACAGGGAAUAAAGAUUAAAGAAAAUUAAGGAUAAAAAAAUUAAAUAGAAAUUUACAUAAAUGAAUGAACGUUUAAAAGAAAUUAAAUAAGAAACAGUUAAACCUGCUGGAGCUACUAAAAAAUAAGAACAAGAUGAAGAACCAAAACCUGAUCCUCCUAUUGAUUAUGAAUUUGCUGUUGGAAUGUAAGAUGAUGGAUAUGAAUAAGAAUUACCUUUACCUGAAGCUAAUGAAACACUAUUUGUUACAAAACCAAUAUUUCAUUAUGAACCAAUUAUCUAAAAUUAAUUGAAGGAAGGAAAAUAAUUAAAACCUUUUGAACCAGAUAUAAAGAAUAUUUAAAAAAAAAAAUUCCCUUUUGAACCUAAAACACAUAGUGAAAUUAGAGAUACAAGUGCUGAAUUAAAUGCAGAUUAAUUAUAAAAAAUAUAAGCAGGACCUGUUAAAAUUGAAUUUGGUAAUGUUUACAUUAAAAGUACAGUUAUUAAAUAUUUUUAUGUAAAAAAUGAUCUUAGAAAUUCAAUUAGUGUUAGAUUACAUACUGAUAAAGAAGAUUUCAAUUAAUCAUAUAUUAAACCAUAAAUUAUUCCAAGUGGUUAGACUGCUUAAUUUGAUGUCAUUUUAUGUUCUAAACAAUUAGGUUAAAUAAAAACACAUCUUAAAUAUGUAAUUAAUGAAAACCAUAUUUUUGAAUUUCUUGUUUAAGCAAAUAUUGAAAGAGUCUUUUUGGAAAUGAAUAGAACAUAAAUUAAAUUUGCAUUUAAUGAAGAUAAUAAUGAAAUGGAAACAGCUGAAAUUGUUCGUCUUACAAAUAAUGGAAAUGCAGAAGCUAAAUUUAAAUGGAUAACUACUGAAAAAAAGAUUUUUUAUGUUUAACCAGAAUAGGGUGUUGUUCCAAGUGGAAAACAUUUAGAAUGUUAAGUUAUUUAUAAACCUAGUUAAUUAUAAUAUGUACCAGAAAUUAAAUAACCAAUAGGUUCAUAAUAAUAAUAAUAAUAAGAUAAAAAUGUCUAAGGUUAAUAAUAAUAAUAACCUUAAUAAUAACAACAAUAAUAAUAACAAUAAUAAUAAUAACAAUAAUAAUAAUAAUCAAUAAUACCUUAAUAAUAAGCAACAGUAGCCACUAUUAGAAAUGAAGAGGAAAAAUUAACAUUAAAAACAGAUGAUGGAUUAGAUUAGAUUAUUAAAUGUAUGGGAGUUGUUUCUGAACCUAAAUGUGCUAUAAAAUAAGCAGUAAUAGAUUUUAAAGAGAUAGUUGUUUGUAAAUAAGAGAAUAAAACUUUGACUCUAAAGAAUUUAUCGAAAAGUUCUGCAGUAUUUUAAGUUUAAACAUCGAAAUUACCUGAAGGAAUUGAAGUGUAUCCUAUCAAAGGUAAAAUAAGUUCAGAAGAUUCAAGAGAUUUAUAAGUUAAAUUUCUAUCUAAGGAUGAAAGAAUAGUUAAAGGAGAGAUCAUUAUAUUAAUUAGAGGAGGGAAAUAAUUAUAAGUACCAGUAGUAGGAUCAGCAAUAAUUCCAAAAAUAGAAAUAAUUGAAGAAGAAUUUGAUUUUGGAAACAUUACCACAUUAGGAACAAGUAAUUAAUUAACAAUGACUUUGGUAAAUAAUUCAACAAUUCCUGUUGAUUUAGUUUUGGAUUUAAGACAUUAAAAUGAGAAUCCAAGAGGACCAGAUGGAAUUGAUUGUUUAGAAGUCAAACCAUAAGAUGAAGAUGAUACUAUUUUACAUUCUAUUCAUCCUGAAAAUGAAGAUGAACCUGCACCAAAAUUAGAUGAAUCAUUAGAUAAUUAAUCUGAUAAAUCAGAAUAAUUAGAUUUAGAAACUAAAGAAUAUAGAUCAUAUAAUUUAACUAUCCUACCUGGUAAGACUUAAGUAUUUUUAAUGAAAUUCUCUCCUAAAGAUGUGAAACAUUAUUAAUUUGAUAUGCCAAUUACUUUAGCUAGAUUUAAUUAGAAUUUACCUUCAUUAACUAGAAAAGUAUCCUGUAAAGGACUUAAACCUAAAUUUUUAGUUGAACCUUAAUCAAUAGAAUUUAAAAAAAAAAUAAUUACAUCUCCUGAUAAAUGUUAUCCAACAGUAGAAGAAAUUAAAUUAUCAAAUCCAGAUAGGAAGGAUGUAAAAUGGCGAAUUGAUACUGCACCAUUAAAAAUUGAAAAGAUAUUUACAAUAGAACCAAGUGAAGGGAUAGUUGGUUCUGGAUAAUAAGUAAGAAUUAGAGUAAAAUUUAAUCCAUAUGGACCAGGAGUAUUUUAAUCAACUGUUUCAUUAUUUAUUGAAUCAGAUCCAGAUAUACCUAAAACAUUACCUUAUGUUGAUUUACUUAUAUAAGGAUCAGGAGCAUAUCCUAGAUUAUUAUUUGAUAAAAAAGAAGUCAUUUUACCAGUUGUUCCAUUAAAUGUAGUUUCAAAAUGUUCAUUCAAAAUAAUAAAUGAUGGUUAUGAAAAUUUAAAUUUAAAACAUAAUUGGUCAAGUGAAACAAGUAAUUUUUAUUUAGAAUUAAAAUUUCCUGAAGGAUAAACUUUAGGAGUAGCUAAAAGUAAAUUAAAAGUGGAUGUCUAUUUUUCACAUAAAAAACCAAUAUCAUUUACAACAAGAGCAGAAUUUUAAGAUGAAGGUAGAGUAUAUUCUAUAUAUGUUUCUGGAACAACAGAUAAUUGUUUAUUAACAAAUUAAAUAUAUUUGUAGAGAAUAUAAAAAUACUAAAUGAUAGCAGAAGAGAAAAAACCUGUAAUGUUUUAAGAAGAUGAUGGUGCUGAUAGUGAUAAUGAAAAAAUGAAAAGAAAUCAUACUAUGUCAGUUAAAAGUACAACUAGUUCAAAGGGAACAUCUCAUUUAGGUUAUAGACCUUUGGAUGUUGAAACUUUGAAUGAAGCUUGUGAUUAUAUAAUGAGAUGGAUGAAUUAUCAUGUUCUCACUUAACCCAUUAAUAAAUUCCCUGAAGAUAUAGUAACCAGUUUUGGAUAAUAAAUAUUUGAGUUAUUAACUUUUUUAACAGGGAAAGCAAAUUUCUAAUACAAAGUAUAGAUUGAUCAAAAUUGGAAGAGAUAAUAAAAAGCCGAAGCAUAAUUUAAAUAAUAUGAUGAAUUAGUAAGACAAUUAAAAAUAGAGGGUGCUCUUUUGAAUCAUAUAAGAUCAGAAUACUUAUUAGGUCAUAAUGAUUAUAAUGCAUGGUUGAAAACUAUACCUAAGGAGAAAUAUGAAUUUGUACCAGAUAAUAGAUUAUAAUUAAGUUAGGCUAAAUAUAAUUAUUUACAUUAUGAUGCUUGGAUUUCAACUUUCUAUUAAAUAAUUAAGAUUUAUUAUUUAAAUAGAAUAACAGCAAAAUCAUUUAAAUAAUUACCAGGGAUUCCUACAGAACGAUUAAAUAUUCCAGAUUAUUAUUUAGAUGGAUCUAAUAUUAUUUCUCAUGCAGAAGGUGUAAUUCUUUGGUUUUAUGAAGUCUGUUAUGAAUAAUAACAUACAGGAUAAUUAAGAAGGAUAAGUAAUUUUGCAUCUGAAUUCAGAGAUAGUUUACUUAUAGCAGAUACAGUUACUUAGUUUAUUGGUCCUAGUAUGUAGAAGUUUUUUAGUACUUUAAGAUCUAAUCUUUAAAGUGAAGAUGAUUAUCGACACAAUGCAGAUAAAUUAAUGCCAGCAUUAAGUGAUUAUGGUUUACAAUCUCAUGUUUAAGCAAGAGAUAUCUACCAUAAACCUUAUCCUAGAGAAAUGUUAAUGAUGUUGGUACAAUUAUUUUUUUCUCUUCCUCAUUAUGUACCUUAGAAAGAACCCAUAAUCUUCUAAUGUAUAUUGGGAGAGGAAGUAAUAAAAUCAAUUGAAUUAAGAAAUCCAACACUGAAACCAAUUAGUUAUUUUGUUAAAUAUGAAGGUCAUCCUGAUUUUUAAUUAGAAGGAGAUGAAAGUAUAAAAAUAGAACCUGACAUUCCUUAUAAUUAUAAAGUGAAAUUCACUUCUAGAAUUUCAUUGCCUGUUACAGGUAGAGUGAUUUUUACAAAUAAAAAAGAAACAAAUGUUUAAGCAGCAGCAUUAGUUUUUGAUUUGAAAAGUAAUAUAACAGGAAGAAAAUCAGAGAAAUAAUGGAAUGUCAGUUCAAUACUUUAUGAGAUAUUUGACUUUCAAAUAUAAAUAACUAAUAAAUUUCCAUAGGAUGGAGAAUUUUAGAUAUAAAUAAUACAUGAGAAAAAGUAAAUAGAAUAAAGAGGGAAAAAGAAGAAAGGUCCUCCAACAAAAGAUGUUCCUCCAGAGGAAGAAUUCCCAUCCUUUUUCUGUACAAUUGAUAGAUAAAGAAUAAGAAAGAAUUAAACAAUUAAUCUAUCAUUAACAUAUAUUCCAUUAACAAUAGAUACACAUAAAUGUUCUCUUAUUUUUACAGAUCCAAAUGUAGGUGAAUUUUAACAUGAUUUAUAAGGAACAGUUGAAUUACCAAAUAUUAUUGGUGAAUUCAAACCAGAUAAACACUUAUAUGUUGAUAGUACUUAAACAAUUUCAUAUAUGAUUCCAUUUAGAAAUGAAUAAUUAGCUCGUGCUCGAAGUUAGAUUUAAUAGUUGGUUCAGAUGAAAUAAAAAGAUAGAUAUUUAAAAGGUGAUAAAUAAACUACAACUUUAACAGCAUCUAAACUUAAUUUUCCUGGUUCUAAUUUAGAUAUCAUAACAUUUGAAAUUGAAAUUUAUCCACAAACAUAAUAUUUGAAUUUACCUCCUAUACUUUAAGUUACUGAUUUGAAUAAAUAAACAAAGAAACCAGGUACUGAAAAUAUUGAUUGUAAACUUCCUAUUCUGUAUGCAUUUAAAAAUGCAACAAAAGAUUUUAGUGUUAUUUUGACUCUAAAAAAUAAAUUUGAUAUUAGAAGAUAUAAAUUGUCUGCAAUUGUAUUACCAAAGAUUGUAAAAGCAAUGUUAGAAUUCAGAGUUCCUGCAAGAUAGUCAGUGACUUAAGAAAUUCCAAUAGUAAAUUAAACAGAUAGAGAUUGGUAAAUUAAAGUUUAAUUGUCAGAAUCUAAAGGAUUAUUUUCCUGUCCUUAAAGAGAUUUCUUUGUUAAAAGGAAAGGUACUAGUAAUUUCCCAAUUACUUUUAGUCCAUCUUGGUUAUAAGAAAGUGAAGCUAAACUAGUUUUGACAAAUCCAACAACAAAUGAUGUGUUUGAAUAUGAUCUAAAAGGUUAUGGUGAAGAACCAGUAGCAGAAGAACAUAUAAUUUUAAAUUGUUAAGCAAGAAAAGUAACUAAAAAAGAAAUAGAAUUAAAGAACCCAACAGAUAAAAUAAUCACAUAUGCUGUAGAAACUGAUUUAAUCUAUGCUACAGGACCAUCUUAAAUUGUAGUCUAACCAUAAAAGAAAGCUACUUAUAUUUUAUAAGUAUAACCAGUAUUAAGUGGUUAAUAUACUGGAUCUAUAACAUUUACAGAUGAUUAAGGACAUUAUCUAUGGUAUACAGUAUUUAUGAAUACUGAAUCACCAAAAUCAGUCUAAACUCUUGAAGUUUCUUGUUUAAUUAGAUAAGCUACAGUUAUUUAAUUAACAUUAGCAAAUCCACUUACAGAAACCGCAAUUUAUGAAGUAAUGAUUAAUGGAGAUGGUUUAAUUGGUGAAGAAUAAUUUGCAAUAGGAGCAAGAAAAGAAGCUGGCUAUGAAUUAACAUUUGCUCCAUUAAAAAUUGGUAGAUGGAGAGGUAGUGUUGCUUUUGUAAAUAGAUUAUUGGGUGAAGUAUGGUAUGAAUUCAUUCUCACAAGUGAAGAUCAACCAAUUGUUAGAUUAAAUGUACUAAAGGCAUCUUUAGGCAAAGUUGAAUAAUAGGUUGUCGUUCUUGAAAAUCCCUCAGAUCAAAAAAUAUAAGUCUAAUGUAGAAUUACUAAUCCAACUAAUUUCGAUAUAUAUCCUGAUGAACUUUAAAUAUAACCUUAUGAUUCACUAAAAGUUGCUUUGAGAUAUACUCCUUCAUCAUUAGAUAUCAUAGAAUAGUCUGAUAUAAUUUUUACAUCACCAAUAGGUAAAUGGCACUAUUUAGUUUUUGGAAGUGGAUUACCUCCAACUAAAUUUCCUGCUACUACUGUUAGUAUUGGAUUAAACAAGGAUUAUAGUUCAGUUAUUCAUUUUAAAAAUCCAUUUAAGGAACCCAUUUAAGUUUCUAUUUCUUUAGAUGCAGAAGGGCAUAAUUAAGAUGUUUUUAAAUUAUUGCUUGUUAGAAAUUAAAAAAAUGAUAAGACUCUUGUACCAGGUAUGAAUGUUCUUUAGGUUCCUUUUUCUUUUGUACCAAGAGAAAUUACUAGCUAUUAUUGUGAAGUUGUCAUUUCUAUGAAUGAAAAAAUUCAAUGGCAUUUUCCUGUUAAAGGAGUUACUGAAUCUGUCUCUACUUAAACUCUAUUUCAUUUUAAAGCUAAAUGCAGAGAAAAAUGGGAAGAUGAAAUUAAAGUAGGUCUAUAAGGGAUUGCUUAAAGUUUAUAAGCAGAUGAUAAAUUUGAUUAUGAAUUAGGUGGAAUGCCUUUAGAUUUACAGACCAUGAUUUAAAAGUGCUUUACUAUUAAAUGUUUAAAAAAUCAUCUUGAUAGUCCUCAUGAUAAUUUACUUUAUUUUGUAAGGUUCUAACCAAUGAAACCCUUUAAAACUUCAAUGGAAUUUAUUGUGCUUAGAUAAUCAGGAGGAAGAUGGAAAUAUAAAAUUUAAUUGGAAGCUACAGAACCAGAAGAAGAUGAUACUAUUUUAAUUAGUUCUCCUCUUAAUAAAACUACAAGUGUCUCCUUUAAAUUAACCAAUAAAACUAAAAAUUAUAGCAAAUUCACAGCUGCAUUCUCUCCUGAAUCAGAUGCAGAGUUUUCAGUAAUCCCUAAAAUUGGAGAUCUAGAACCUUAUGGAAGGGAAGGAACUACAUUCAUUAUUAGUUUUACACCUGUUGAGUAUGGUAAAAUUAGAAAAGGAAAAUUAAUAAUUUAGACUGAAGAUAUGUAUUGGUAAUAAUUUAAAUCAUCUUUAGGUCAUAUUCUAUUAAAGGAGUUCUACCCAGAUACAUACCUCCUUAAAUUAAAUAAUCAUUAGUUGAUAAUAAAUAAUAGUAAUAAUCAUAAAUUCAAAUGUCUAUGACUCUAAGUAGAAACUUUGUUGUGGAUAAUAUCAAAAAGGCAAGACAAUUAUCACCAAAAAGUGCUCGUAAUUAAUUGAGUUUACCAUUAAUUGAAAAAAAGUGA